AUGGGCUUCCUCUCGAGCAAGAUCUGCGAAGAAUCAAGUCCAGUCCUCGCCUCCACUCUUGCUUCCGUUGCUCUUAUCGGUUGUGGAUUCUUUCUCGACAGACUGUUUUUUGUGUCUCAAGAAUCUCCUAUCUUGCAGCCAGCAGACCUUCACUUUCCCAAGAACCAAUCUGAAGCCUGUCUCCAGACCGCCAACGCUGCCGAAUGUCGCGAGAUCAUCAAAAGUGGAACGCCCCCUGGAGCUUCGAAGAACACUCUAUCAGCACUGGAAGCUCGUGCUCGUCCAAACCAGCGUCUGAAGUUGGCGUUUGGAAUCGAGAGCUGUUUCACUUCGUCGGACGAAAAGUCAUGCAAGAGCUUCAGAACCCAAGUGGAGAAGCUUCUCUACGUGGAAGAGGGUGAGUGGGUCAACUUCGCCUCAACUGCUCGUCAAGCCACAAAGGAGGCUCUCGAUGUCGACGGCGACACCAUAAGCCUAUUCCAUGUGGUCCAGCUCUUGACACUCAAAACGAUGAUGAGAGUGCUCUGGCCUGAUCGCGAUUCAAAACAAAGCACAAACGAGCAGAUCUCAACGCUCGCUCAUGAAGUGAAUGUGCAGUGGCUUCGCUCCAAGGAACACAGUGCCGAUGGGAAUCCACCUUGGUUAUUUGAAAAGCAGACAUCUUUGAAAGACGCCGUCAAAGCUGUUUUCCCAGACUGGGAUGAGGCCGACAGCGAGCAGAAUCCAUGCAAUCUCAUCCUCCCAGGCUACGAAACAAUGUGGCGGGUGGUUCUGCGAUGCUUCAUCGAAGUCAAAGCUCGCAACCAUUGCCAAGCUGACGCCUGGAGAUUUGCACUGCGUCGCUUCUCCGGAAAGCCGACAAGAGAGCAGCUCGAAGUACCUAUAUCUCGACCCAGCACAGAAGUAGCUGCUGUCCACAUUGCCAUGGAGGCCCUACGUCUAUACCCACCAACCCGACGCAUCUACCGAGAGUAUUGCAACAAUGACAACCAGAAGAUCAAUGUCUCUGCCGAUAUUGAAGGUAUGCAGCGAGACCCCACCAUAUGGGAAGACCAGCCAAACGCUUUUAUACCUGAGCGCUGGAUCGACCUCGAGGAAGGAUACGAUAUAGGCUACAUGCCAUUCGGCGCCAGUCCCUUCAAUUGUCCUGCAAAGAGGUACGAGAAUGUGCCUAUGCCAUUCGGUCCGUCCAUGGUUGCCUUACUCGUGGGUAUAUUGGUUGAGGCGACUUGGGGCGCAUGGGACAUCGACGGAGAGCUUCAGGAUGAUGGUCGCCCACUUGAUACUGAUCGCGAGGCGUACAGCGAAGCAAUGCUGACUAGAAGUCAAAGUUUGGAGAAUGACGUGGGCGAGGAGACCAUUUGGUGUUUCUGCGACAGCUGUGUCGUUCGAACGAAUGCUGAAAUGUUCGAGUGA